AUGGCUGAAAAAGCUAAAGAGGAGAAGGAUUCAAAGGAGCAAAAUGUGCAGGCUGCCAAUGCUAAGAGGAAUGCCUCCUUUGAGCUGAGUCUUGCAGACCAAGAUGGUAGCAAUCGUCCUGAGAACUUCCCAACUGCCCCUUCUUCUGCAGAAGGGACCCCAACAAGCCCAGAACUCGUUCCUUUGGACACUUCUCUGCGUGCUCAUCCUCCUGAAUCUGCUUUGGCAGAUCUCACUCAAAGUCUGCACACAGAAACCGGACCAGAGGAUACUGGGCAGCUACUAAUGCCAACUGAACCUGAGGAUUCUGGACCAGGAAGACCAAGCGCAGAGGGGGAAGCCACUCAAAUGGAGCUGUCACCUGCACCAACAAUAACCUCUUUGUCCCCUGAGCGAGCAGAAGAUUCGGAUGCUCUUACGGCUGUUAGCAGUCAGCUGGAAGGCUCCCCUAUGGAUACCAGCAGCCUUGCAUCGGGUCCUUUGGAAGAGGGAGUUGGAGAGGCCUCUGGAGUUGUAAAUCCAGAACAGCCUCUUGUAGUCACCAGUAGUAUUGCAGUUGGCCAGCAGCCUGUAGAACCUCCGACUUCAAAUGAGAGUCAGGCUGCUGUAUCUCAGCUCAGCGAUGAGAGCUCCACGGUAGCUCCAUCUAAUGAGUUGCCUCCUAUCAGAGACCCUGCGGUAGCCUUGUUAACAAGUGAUUCGGGCGGUAUCCUGGAAGAACCUCUGCCAUCUACGAGUAGUGAAGAAGAGGAUCCUUUGGCUGGUAUAAAUCUACCCGAGGGAGUGGAUCCAUCCUUCCUUGCAGCUCUUCCAGAAGACAUUCGCAGAGAGGUUCUUCAGAAUCAACUGGGUAUCAGGCCUCCAGCUCGGGCACCUCCUACUGCUGUUCCAGUCAUUCCUCCACCUGUUGUAGGAAGCGCCGGUGUCACUGAGGUCAGCCCUGAAUUCCUGGCUGCAUUACCUCCAGCCAUUCAGGAAGAGGUUUUGGCACAGCAGAGGGCAGAACAGCAACGGCGAGAACUUGCCCAAAGCACCACCUCAGACACCCCGAUGGACCCUGUUACUUUCAUUCAAACUUUGCCAUCAGAUCUACGCCGCAGUGUCCUAGAGGACAUGGAGGACAGUGUUCUAGCAGUCAUGCCCCCUGACAUUGCAGCAGAAGCACAGGCUUUGCGCAGGGAACAAGAAGCUCGGCAGAGGCAACUCAUGCAUGAAAGACUCUUUGGUCAUAGCAGCACUUCAGCACUCUCUGCUAUCCUCAGAAGUCCAGCAUUUACAAGCCGCUUAAGUGGAAACAGAGGGGUUCAGUAUACUCGGCUGGCAGUGCAGAGAGGGAGCACCUUCCAGAUGGGAAACAGCAGUACCCACACAAGGCCUGCUGGCAGUAAUGUGGACAGUUUGCUCAGGCUACGAGGGAGACUUUUGUUGGAUCAUGAAGCCCUCUCAUGUUUGCUUGUAUUGCUCUUUGUAGAUGAGCCAAAACUCAACACCAGCCGUUUGCACAGAGUCUUGAGGAACCUCUGCUACCAUGCACAAACCCGAAAUUGGGUUAUCAAAAGCCUUCUGUCAAUCCUGCAACGCAGCAGUGAGAGUGAACUCUGCAUAGAGAGUCCCAAAAGUUCUUUAAGUGGCCCUGAUAAAAGGGGUGCUGCCAAGGCCUGUUCUUCCAGCCACGAUAGUCGUCCUUUAGAACUGUUGCACAAAAUGGAAUCCAAAAACUCCAAUCAGCUGUCUUGGCUCUCUGUUUCAAUGGAUGCUGCUCUUGGAUGCCGAACAAACAUAUUCCAAAUCCAGAGGUCAUUGGGGCGCAAGCACACAGAGAAGCAUGCUGCUUGUGGCUCUACUGUUCAUAUCCACCCUCAGGCUGCCCCUGUGGUGUGCAGGCAUGUGUUGGACACGCUUAUACAGUUAGCCAAGGUGUUCCCCAGCCAUUUCACACAGCAGAGGACCAAAGAGUGCAAUGUAGAAAACAGUGAAAAUAAGGAGAGGAAUAUAAAAGUGACUUGUAGCCCUUGUAUUACUCCGUCUACCAACAGCGGGCCCAGCAAUAUUUCUACGGACUUCUGGGACUUGUUAGUUAAAUUAGACAACAUGAAUGUGAGCCGGAAGGGGAAAACCUCUGUAAAGUCUCUGCCUGUGAGCUCUGGAGCCGAAGCAGAAAGCUUGCAGUGCAGUUUGGAGGCCUCACCAUUGGGACAGCUCAUGAAUAUGUUGUCUCACCCCGUCAUUCGACGGAGUUCGCUGCUUACAGAAAAACUGCUUAGACUCCUCUCCCUUAUUUCAAUUGCCUUGCCCGAUAAUAAAUUGCCUGAUGGUGUAACCAAUCAAAGCAACGCAAUCACUCCUGCACCUGCCCCCACCCCUGCCACUGCACCAGUACCUCUCCCUGUACCUGCUGUAACUGUGCCCACAGUCAUCAAUCCAAGUGCAGUAUCAACUGUGAUGAAAAGUAUCAAGUCUACAGCAAAGUCAAGCGAGCUCAAUGUGCCUGACAAGAUGGCAGCUUCUGGGCUCACAGAAAAACAGCUACAGCUUUCUGUUGAGGUGCUGACAUCUCAUUCAUGUUCAGAGGAAGGCUUGGAGGAUGCAGCAAAUGUGUUGCUACAGUUGUCUAGAGGUGACCCUGGGACACGAGACACUGUACUCAAGCUGCUGCUCAGUGGAGCCCACCAUUUAGGCUACACCUUAUGCAAGCAGAUAGGUACUCUCUUAGCUGAAUUACGGGAGUAUAACCUUGAUCAGCAGAGGAGAGUACAGUGUGAGGCACUUUCUCCUGAUGGGUUACCUGAAGAGCAGCCGCACAACACCAAAGCCAAGGGUAAAAUGCAAAGCAGGUUUGAUAUUGCAGAGAACGUUGUUAUAGUUGCAUCACAGAAACGGCCGUUGGGGGGACGAGAGCUCCAGUUACCCUCAAUGUCUAUGCUGACAUCAAAGACCUCCACACAGAAAUUCUUCCUUCGAGUGCUGCAGGUCAUCAUCCAACUCAGAGAUGACACCAGAAGAGCCAACAAGAAAGCCAAGCAGACCAGUAGACUAGGAGCUGCCAGUCUGGCCUCUGCUAGCAGCAUCCAGGCAGCUGUGCAGCAGCUGGAGGCUGAGGCUGAUGCCAUUAUACAAAUGGUACGUGAGGGUCAAAGGGCGCGGAGACAGCUGCAAACUGCAACGGCGGAAGGCUCUGCGCGCAGGGAGGAGUCUCCAAUGGAUGUUGACCAGCCUUCACCUGCUACACAGGAUACUCAGUCAGUUGGUUCCGAAGCGUCUCAAGCUGCAGAGAAGAAAGAGGAUGAGAGGUUGCCAGAACUGCCAUUGCUGAGUGAACAGCUGAGCUUGGAUGAACUGUGGGAUAUGUUAGGAGAGUGUUUAAAAGAGUUGGAGGAGUCACAUGACCAACAUGCUGUACUAGUACUUCAGCCAGCUGUUGAAGCCUUUUUCUUAGUCCAUGCAACAGAACGAGAAAGCAAGCCACCUGUACGGGACACUCGGGAAAGCCAGCUGGCUCACAUUAAAGAUGAGCCUCCUCCUUUGUCCCCAGCACCUCUCACCCCAGCAACGCCUUCUUCCUUAGAUCCCUUUUUUUUCAAGGGAACCCUCAUCUAUGCACAUCUCAUCCAGUUUGCCUCCUGACACACAAAAGUUCCUGCGCUUUGCAGAGACUCAUCGCACUGUGUUAAAUCAGAUCCUCCGUCAGUCGACAACUCAUCUAGCUGAUGGACCUUUCGCUGUUCUUGUCGAUUAUAUCAGAGUCCUAGACUUUGAUGUCAAACGCAAAUAUUUCCGCCAAGAACUUGAGCGGUUAGAUGAAGGACUGAGGAAAGAGGACAUGGCUGUGCAUGUCAGACGAGACCACGUGUUUGAAGAUUCUUACCGGGAACUGCACCGUAAAUCCCCAGAAGAAAUGAAGAACAGAUUGUAUAUAUAGUAUUUGAAGGGGAAGAAGGUCAGGAUGCUGGAGGACUCCUCAGAGAGUGGUACAUGAUCAUCUCCAGGGAAAUGUUUAAUCCCAUGUACGCCCUAUUCCGCACAUCUCCUGGGGACCGUGUCACCUAUACAAUUAAUCCCUCCUCCCACUGCAAUCCCAACCACCUCAGCUAUUUCAAGUUUGUUGGUAGAAUUGUUGCAAAGGCAGUGUACGACAAUAGGUUACUGGAGUGCUACUUCACACGGUCCUUCUACAAGCACAUAUUGGGCAAAUCAGUCAGAUACACUGACAUGGAGAGUGAGGAUUAUCACUUCUACCAAGGAUUAGUCUACCUGCUUGAGAAUGAUGUCUCCACACUGGGAUAUGAUUUGACAUUCAGCACUGAGGUCCAGGAAUUUGGUGUGUGUGAAGUGCGUGACCUGAAGCCCAAUGGUGCAAAUAUUCUUGUCACAGAAGACAACAAAAAGGAAUAUGUCCACCUUGUGUGCCAGAUGAAGAUGACAGGUGCCAUCCGCAAGCAGUUAGCUGCUUUCCUGGAAGGUUUCUAUGAAAUUAUCCCCAAGCGUCUCAUCUCCAUCUUCACAGAACAGGAACUGGAGUUAUUAAUAUCUGGGUUGCCCACUAUAGACAUCGAUGACUUGAAAUCCAACACCGAGUAUCACAAGUACCAAUCUAAUUCAAUCCAGAUUCAAUGGUUCUGGAGGGCGCUGCGCUCUUUUGACCAAGCAGAUAGAGCCAAAUUUCUUCAGUUUGUCACUGGAACCUCCAAGGUACCUCUUCAGGGCUUUGCAGCACUUGAGGGGAUGAAUGGCAUCCAAAAAUUCCAGAUACAUCGAGACGACAGGUCCACAGACAGGCUGCCUUCUGCUCACACGUGUUUUAACCAGUUGGAUCUGCCAGCCUACGAGAGUUAUGAGAAGCUACGUCACAUGCUGCUUUUGGCCAUUCAGGAGUGCUCUGAGGGGUUUGGCCUGGCCUAG